CGUUUUCCUCUUGGUGAUGACAAAAGGAAAAAUAUUUAGCAUAGCCGAAGCGUAACUACAUCAAAAGCGCAGCGUUCGAUUUCUAAUGAAUACGAGAUAAAAACAUUAAUGCGUACAAUUCCCCUGUACUUGGGGUGUGUUCGUCCGUAUUUCAUGUGGUGUUAACAUUAUUUGGAUCGUUCCUGCCAACUAGCCGUUCAAAAGCGGCACCAUUACCUCGCCCACCCGAAAGGAUACACAUCUGAAUUGCCCGGAUUCGUACCUGUGAGCAAAAUACGAAGCAACACGGAAUUACGCAUCCUUCCUAGCAAUGUCCCGAGAGCAGAUCAACAGAAUGAACAGCGCGUUGCCUCCCUUCGUUACGGCGAUAGACAUCAACGAAAUUGAACAGAUUGCUACAGUGGGCAAAGGCUCUUAUGGCACAGUCAUUAAAGCAAAAUGGAGAAACAAAUACGUUGCAGUGAAGUACAUGGAGUACAUUACCGAGCAAGCAUUUACGGCGGAAGUGAGCCAUCUUUCUCGUGUAGCACAUCCCAACAUAAUCGAGCUGUACGGAGCUUGUACGGAAUCACCACACGUAUGCCUGGUGAUGGAAUAUGCCGACGGUGGUUCACUGCACAAAGUGCUGCACUGUAGGCCUCGGCCGGUGUACACAGCGGCGCAUGCAAUGAGUUGGGCACGGCAAUGCGCUGAGGGUGUUGCUUAUCUUCAUGACAUGACUCCGCGACCUAUGAUUCAUCGGGAUCUAAAACCGCCGAACCUGCUGCUUGUCAACAGUGGGACCGUGCUAAAGAUAUGCGACUUUGGUACGGUCACAGACAAAUCAACGCUAAUGACGAACAACAAGGGCAGUGCCGCCUGGAUGGCACCGGAAGUGUUUGAAGGUUCGUCCUAUACCGAAAAGUGCGACGUGUUUAGCUGGGGAAUCAUUCUGUGGGAAGUGAUAGCACGAGAGCAACCGUUUAAACACAUCGACUCAUCAUUUGCUAUCAUGUGGCGCGUGCAUCGUGGCAGCAGACCACCCCUGAUCGAGCACUGUCCGAAGCCGAUCGAACAGCUGAUGAUACAGUGCUGGGAUAAGGAUCCAAUCAGUCGCCCAUCGAUGAAGGAGGUCGUUAGUGUGAUGAACGAACUGUGCAAGCUGUUCACAGGCGAAAAUGAACCAAUCGGUAAUGAAUUCCUGCCCGAGGACGAGGAUGACUCGUAUGGGAUGGAUUAUCCAACCGAUAGCAACUUGUCGGAAAGCAUGGACAAUGGAAUCGACACGAACAAUAGUCGCGGAACGAUUACCAACAAAAAUACGGUACAGCGAAUACUGGACAUGCCGAGGCACAGCCCACUCAGAAACUUGUCACCCAGCGUACUGCAACCUCUUCACAUUGAAGUGAAUCCGUUCGACCAACCGAUGGAUCUUGGAAGCGGUGUACUACACCCAGCCAACAACCAGGGCACGGAAGGAUUGACCGUCACAAAAUGUACCAACGCUCCAAUGGAUAGUGUGAGCAGCAUAAACAGUUCGAUCACAUUCAACAAUCCAGCAAUUCCGGGCGUCAUACCAGCCCAUCCGGAUGCUGGCAGGAAUGUGACGAAAGCCACCCCCCUCAACGUCAACGACGACGAAGAAGACCGGGUAGGAGGAGGAGAAGGAAGGGGAGAACGUAGCAGCUCGAAGCAAAACGAAGCAGCCCUAGGCGACACACUGUACAGUAUUUUAGAUCCAAACUUAAGACCCCUAUCACCAGUCCCCAACAAUCCGCUAUCGGAACAGAUACACAACGAACAUAAGCUGUUGGUACAAAAGUAUUUUGAGUUUGAAACGCAAAUAGUCACCAGUAUGGCGCAAAGGGAAAUGCUGCAGAACAAUAUGAUGCCAGAGGAAUUGCAACUAAAGAAGGCUUACAUUAAGCGGCUCGAGGAACGGGAAGCACUACAGAAGUUCAAAGCGAAUCUACAGAAACAGCUGAACGACAAGAAUCGGCAGCAGCAAGCGAGACACCAACAGGUAUUGCUGCAUCCGCCGCCGCUAAACCGACAGGAAUCCGACUCAGAAUGGGAGAUAAUACAAGCAGCAGACUUCCGACCAAAGACAGACAAUCAUAAUUGAUGUGUUUAGCUGUUAGUGGACUUUCUUAAGCGCCCUAGGAUUAAUAAACGUUGUGCAAAUAGCAACA